GAAACUCGGACUGACAGAGGAGGACUCCCUGUCUCCAUUUGUUUGACUCCAGGAGAAGAAGGCACAAGCCCAACAGAUGCAAAAUGCUCUAGACUUGAAGGAAGAGGCCUUCAGGGAGAAGAUGAAAGCCAUAGCCUGCCGGUGGAGGGACCUGCACUCCAACGAGACUCAGCUGAAAACCCACAUGGAGAAAUCUGGGAGGAUUACAAAGGAAAACGAUAAGAUGUGAAUCCAAGCUCUGAAGAAAGCCAGCAAAGAGAGAGAGAGGAAGGUGCAAAAGGAGAGUGAGCUUUUGAGAGCAAAGAGGGAACUGGAAGCCCUGAGAAAUAAGCACCAGAAACUCAGCAACAAAGUGCAGAAGUACUCCAUCUUCAACAAAUACUGGGAGGAUGUGGUGAAGAUCUCACAGUUUGAGGAGAUCCAGGAAGUCAUUUCACGCUACAAGAUGUUGGUGAGGACGCACAAGGACCUGCUGCAGUCGCAACACGGGUACAAGGAAAUGUCUGAGCAAGCCCAGGUGCUUCUGGACCAGCAUGCAGCAGAGACAGAAGCAGAGAUCCUGCAGUGUGAAAAUGAGCUGGUGCACCUCCAACGGUAUUUCGACAGGGCUCCAAACUUCCUGGUCCGGGCUAAGAAAGCUCAGAAGUUGGGGACUGUCAGGAUGACCAUCUUCCACCUCUUCCAGUGCAUGAACACGCAGCUGAAGGCAAACCUGAGUGUGAUGGCAGCUGACAGCCACCGGCAGCUAAACAUGGUAGAGCUGAGCCAGACCCCUUCUCCCAGCCCAGAAGGAGGAGCAGAGAUGAAGCUUAGCCGCCCAAAGGGAAGGGAGAGCUGA